CCAACUCCUCCACCGGCCGGCCUCUCACUGACCUCGCUCGUGAUCUCUCCCACUGACGAUCCAGGCGCCGCCGAUGGAGGAAGCCCCGGAGCUGGUCAGCCCGAGGAUCUCGUUCUCCCACGACCUAGCCAACUUCGCAGCACCGCCGCGGCGGUCCGACGCGUCGCUGCUCGUGUCGUCGUCGCGGCUCCCGGAGCCGGAGUUCGACUUCGCCAACGCGAAUGCAGCCGCCGACGACGUCGCCCCGGCCGACCGCCUCUUCGCGGGCGGGAAACUGCUGCCAAUGCCGCCGUUGCCGCCCGCUCCCAGACCCAGCCCGUGCGAGCAAGAGCGAGGCGGCGGCGGCGGCAUCCGUGUCAAGGCGCAGCCGUGCCCGCAGAAGCGGCCGGGCUCGUGGGCGUCCCCGUUCUCGCGCAGCAGCAGCGUGAACUCGGCCACGACGGCGAGGACGACGACGGGCGCGCCGCGGUCCGCGGGGAGGUUCGGGUGCCCGCCGUUCCCGCUGAUGCGCAGCCGGUCAGCCUCGGCCGCCGUGGCGCGGGACGGUGGCUUGGGCGCCGCCGCCGUACCGGACGCCGCCGGCCAUCGGCCCCGGUACUACCAAAAAUUCCGGGGUACAGUAGUGUCGCCAGCUAGUAACGGUGGUGGUUCAUCAAGAGCUUACUACUAUGGAGGUAGCAGGAAAGGUAGCAGCCAUGGCGUUAGGGUUAGACCGGUGCUUAACGUGCCGUUCAUCGGCACGAGUGUGGCCAACGUGCUGAGCUACUUGCUCUGUGACUGCAGCACCAAGACCAAGAAGAGUACGGAGUUCUAGAGUUAACUUAUUUACCACCAAAUAGUAGUUGUGUAUAUUUUAGGCCUGCAUGUAUUCGGAAUGUGAACAUUCUCCGUUCCACCGGAAACCGAACAAAAAGAGCUUGUGAAUUUAAUUAGGCUAUCCUUGCAAACAUGCUUAAUACUAAUUAUGAGUGAUUGUCAAUGCAAA